AUGAAGCUGACCAAUAUCCGCCAAGCAAUCCACUUCCUAUGCGUGAGCCAUCUAUCUGGUGCGGUAGCGUUACCUCAAGGCACACCAGGCGAUCCCCCAGCAUCGCCAGGACCUCCAACGUCGCCAAAUGACUGGAAGACACUUAAAUGCACCAUCCCCGCCGUCACCGAUGCAACACAAAACCCAUCAAUCCGCUGGAAGGGUGUAGAUGCAGACGACGCCUGGAAGGCAGCUCUCGAGUACGCAUCGACAACCGCAAAUCCAGCUCAACUAUCUUUCUCCCAGCUCAUCAGCCAAUUCUUCCAUGGGCCCGACAACAUGCAUUGUGAACUGCCCAAUGCCAGAGAUACCUGUGCAACGGCAGUCUUGUGCAAAGACCCGCCAGCAGGAUAUGCGGCUGGAUUUUUGAUCUUAAACUCCUUCGUAGAGAUUAGCAAUCUAACACAGUGGGAUUUUCAGUUGAAUUACAACAUAUAUGACGCUGUUUACAAAGCCCAAGAUUAUGUUACGACGCAGAUAGCCGGCUUCUCGGAGACCUUUGCUCCGAUAAAGCAGCCUACUGACGCCUUGAAGGUAAUACUCGAUAUCGUCGGCCUAGGAUUCGCAGUGGCUCUUGCCCCGGUGUGGAAUGCUGCUCUGAAAGCACUUCCUUGGUUUAAAGCCAAUGGCAAUGCCUUGGGGACCAUCAAAGACACAAUCAACCCCAGCAUCUCUAAUGGCAUCACUCUGAUCAAAGAUGGCGGUUUGACUGGUAAGAUCGAAGUCACGAACACCCUCGAAGAAAACGUAGGCGAAGUGGUGAAAGCCUGGACCGCAACCCUCAACACGCUCAACGGACAGCUUUUUAAUGGCAGCACCUCUUCGACAGACGAUCUCUUUGGGCAGAUCUCAGACGGCAAGGUCCUAGAGUCGGGUUACACCUUGGAUGAGUCAGAAGUUGAAACCGCAAUCGAGAAGGCCAUCUAUGGCUACCUCGUCCCUCGGGCGUGGUCCUUGAGCAACGAAGACCUUCAUGCCGUUGUGGUUGACUCUGGACUGCCUUGCACGCCUCCAGUCAUUGCUUUUCCAAUCAACUUGGUCGACGAGAAGUACAUCAGCGGAGACGUGCAGGCCAAGACGUCAACUUGCGUGGACGGAAUCUCUUACUACCUUGUCAUGGCAUCCGGCUCGGGGCUCGACUGUCCCGAAAAUCCAGUGGGUUUCAAUCCAUGUCCGACCAAGCCUCUAUUACAGCUUCCGGGGGAGGAGAGUCUGGAUGGGACGCAUUGGGGUGGAUUGACGCACGACGAUCUCAUCGCAGGCGCUGUUGCGACAUAUAAGAAGAACAAUAACGCGAAUGGUGCGCCUGAAAUUGAUGCAGGAAGCCCCGAUGCGGUGUCUGAUAUCUAUGAUAAUGGUAUUCGAGCCGCGGGCAUCACGACGAUUCCGGUGUGUAAAGCUGAUGAGGCGUGGAAUAAUUGGCAGAAGCAGGCGAAGACGCCGAACUAUCCUUGCAACUGA